AUGAAAGCGACACAGUGCAUAUUUUUAUUGAUUUUCUUGGAGGUCGUCAAAAGUCAAUUACCUCAAGUAAUACCGGCAAAAUGGGAUGUGAUGUACGGAAAAGAAACUGGAAAGAACAUGUCGCUGACUAUAUUUCGAUUCAAAGUUGAAGAAAAGUACUCAGUGGCAAGGAUAAUCAUGAGUUGCAACGAAAGCACCGAGCACAACCCUCUACUAGCGGUCUUUCGAGAGAAACUGGCUGUAUUGAGCUUACAAGUACCCCUGAUUGUCGACAACUACGAAUAUAGCCAAGUCGCCCGGACACUAUGCCCGUUUACCGAGUAUAAAGAAGGAGAAGCGUUCACAGUGGAAGUUACAAGUGCUCAGCCGGUCCGUUACAACUUCCGUGCAGAACUUGUCAAGAAUUUUUUUUUGUACAAUAAUGGGAAGCGACUAGUGACAGCAAGUGCGUCUGAACCGGUGUACCUACGUUAUGAUAUUCCGGAUGAUGUAGAUUCAGUCGCCGUUCACGUCGAUUCAAACUCCACAACGUGCAUGACGGUUUCAGUGCAAAAAAUCGGGUGUCCAGUGUUUGACCUACCGGACAACGUGAAUUCGAUGGGACUACAUCAGACAAUGACGACAUCGGCAACUAUUCCUGUUGAGAAGUCCCGGAUGUCCAGUUUCUACGUAGUUUUUGUGGUCAACACCAACGACGACUUGUGUUCGGAGAUUAUGAGCAUCAAACCUAACCUUUUCGACUACACAAUUCCAAUUGUCUUCUGGGCUUGUGUCCUUCUGCUGGUCACUAUCGUGGUUUUCGUCUACCACUACUUCGACGGGAUUUGGGAACGAAGAUUUUUGUCAAGAGCGUACACCCAUUUGGAGGAUGAUGCACAAGAAGAGCGGAUUAGAGAUUUCUACGAUUUCAAGCGAAUGUCAGAGGAUGAUGACUUGAAGGACUACGAUCUGCUUACGGAUUGCAAAGAUAUGAUGGUCGUGAGAGCAAAGGCGAGCCUCACUGUCGCAGACCUAUCAAUGACUCCAUAUGAGCUACGAGAACAGAAGUAUGAUGUAUAUAAAAUUGCUCUCGCCAUCAUCGGAAUCUUCUACAAUAUCACAGUCCUCCAGCUGAUCAUCAGUAAAGCAGGAAGUCUUCGACAGUCUGGUGACUUGGACGAAUGCACGUUCAACUUCCAGUGCGCGAGACCUCUCUGGUAUUUCGUGGCUUUUAAUAAUGUUGUUAGUAAUGGUGGAUACGUGUAUUUUGGAUUAUUGAUUAUUGUGAUGAACUAUUGUCGUGAGAGGAGUUUCCGACGACUGUUUGCAGUACAACCAGCGCUAGCUGAAAGAUACGGACUUCCUCAACACAGUGGACUUAUGACUGCAAUCGGAUUGGCUGUCAUCAUGGAAGGGAUCUCAUCUGCAACAUACCACGUCUGCCCGAAUAACAUCAAUUAUCAGUUUGACACUGCUUUGAUGUACGUCAUUGGAAUGCUCGGCAAGCUGAAAAUCUGGUCGCUUCGUCAUCCGGAUAUGGUUGUUAGCGCCUACCACGCAUUUGGAUUUCUCGGGAUAUUCCUCAUGGCGGCUAUUGCGGGAGUGUAUGUUCACAACAUGAUUUUCUGGAUUAUGUUCUCUAUCAUCUAUAUUGGAUCAAUGAUGCUGAUUAGCUUGGAGUUUUAUUUCAAAGGAAUCUGGACCCUCAACAUCCGGGAGCUUCGAAACUCUGUCCGCAUGGCUUGGGCCUCCUCGAGACGGUUGUCAUGCAUCAUGCCAGCCUAUAAAGCACGUUUCUUUGUGAUUCUGAUGUUAAACAUAGUAAAUACUGCAGUAGUUGUUUACGGACUUGAAGCUCACCCCAAGGAUUUUCUCUCGUUCCUUCUCAUACCGUUCAUUGGGAACCUGUUCAUCUACAUCAUUUAUUACAUUUUGAUGAAGAUGAUCUACCGAGAGAAGAUUCCAAAAAGAGCGCUGGCUCUCCUUUUUGCCGCAGUUAUCUCAUGGACAUGUGCCGGAAUUCUGUUCAAUCAACGAGUUUCGGAUUGGAGUAAAAUGCCUGCAAUAUCCCGAGAACUCAAUAAGCCCUGCAUAUUCCUGAACUUCUAUGACAACCACGACAUUUGGCACCUCUCAUCUGCAUUCGCGAUUUUUUUCUCCUUCACCGCAAUCAAUGUCAUCGAUGAUGACCUGAUGUUUGUGGUGAGGAACACUAUUAGAGUUUUCUAA